AGAGCUAGAGCCGCUACGGGAUACGAGUAAAGAGUUUUGUCUUUUUGAAUACUACACACCAUUUUCGACGAGGCAACCCACGGAGGAGUACCUGCCUGCCCCGAAACUAAAAAUGACCACAGCAACCGUCGUCUCUGCAACUCCGGUGCACGACGUGACGGCGCACAUUUCUCCCUGUGCGUGGGCUUGUCCGUUUUUUGACUAUACAUAGAGGAAUUUUUCAAGCGCUUUUUUUACCCCAUGUCUAACUAUAGUUUUUGAUAACUUGUUGUUUUCUCUAAAGCCCACGGUCAUUUCCAUUCGCAUUUUCCGUGUCAUGCCCUGUCAUCAAACGCCCUGUAUUUUUGGAACGAAAGUAUUUCCACCAAAGAGAUGAUGUCCUAGUGUAUUGUAGACAAUCUCUUUAAUCUUUUUUUUUGUUCUUGGCUUUUACCUAUCUUAUCAAUUGCGUUUCACCGUUUUUUUUGUCUAGCUUGCUUUCUUCAGAUCAGCUUGAUUGUGAUAAGCUACACAGGAGACACGCCCCUGCGAUGCAUCUACCAUACCGAGGAUCGGCGGGGCAGAUUCACCGAUUUUCCCGUGGUGCGCACCACCAGUUUGGCUCCACGAUUAAUGUGCGACCGCGCGAACGCACCACCGUGGGCGGAGAGAAGGAGAACGGAGGUCCACUGCAAAAGUACGCCAGUGCAAGAGCAUGACUUGCAGUAGAAGCCGACUUGAUUUCGCCUUCGCGUUCGCGCAACACACACGACACUGAAAGAGCACCGACACACGGCAUCUCCUUCCGGUAGUACAGAAAAGAACAGCUUCAACCGCCCCAUCUUCCAGCACAGAAACCCACACUAAGACAAGAUGGAGUUCGCCGCCCGUCUGACGCAGGUGCCGCUUAAGCGGUUCUACAAGUAUGUGCUGCGCCGUUUCCUCGGGGGCUUCCUGCGGAAAGAUUUGGACCUCGACAACCUGGAAGUCUCCCUGCAAAUGUCGCACGGAGUGCUGGAGUUGCGCAAUUUGGAGUUAGAAACGGACCUCCUGAACGAACACCUGCAGGACUCGCCCUUCAAGCUCCUCGACGGUGCGGUGGGGUAUUUGCGCAUGGAAAUCCCCUGGAGCCGCUUGUUGGAGAAAUCCUGCAAAAUUUACAUAGCGGACUUGCACGUGUCCGGGAGUAUUUUGAGUAGCGGGAAGAACGGAUCUGCAGGUGAUGAUCAGGAUGUUGACGGGAUCAAUUCCAGCAGGCCAGACUCCCCAGAUCAUCAGCAUUCGUCAUCGAGUACUUCUAACCUGUUUUCCUCAGCAACCUCGAAAAUGACAAACCAGACGAAGAAAAAACAGCAGUUUCAAAUGGCGAGCAGUGAUUACGACUCGUCAAGAGGAUCUUCGUCCAAAGGCAAAAAUCGUAGCACUGCCGAUAAGAAAAAGCAGGAACCGCAAUCCUCGGGCUACGGGGACGAGGGAGUGGAAACGUUGUCAAGGCUCGUGCAGCACGUUUUGGGGAAUAUGGAGGUGUGUUUGAAAAACGUGCGACUCUCGCUGUUUUCCGAGGAUCCGGAAGAAGAUAUCGGAGGUAAAUAUAUGAAACUACGGUUUUGUUGUUGCAAUUUUUUACAAACGGCCGUUUGUAAACGAGAAAAAACGCGCGCUGCCAUCGGGAUUGUGUUUUUAGCGCGAUUUGGGCAAUUUUUCGCCUAGACUGCGAAUGUUUUGAGAUUUUCUGGAAUCUCGCCGUGUUUGUUGCGCCUUCUUGUGCCACCGGCAUCCGUUUGUAUUUUUACAAACGCCCCCCCAAAGUGCGCAGCAGCAUGCAGGAUAGCUUUCUUUGGAAGAAUGAUCAUCGCUGGAAGCUUUACGCUUUCAUUUUUCUCGAUUUGCAGAGUCCCGUCGGGGCUACGUCGUACAGGAUGGCCGUUUGUAUUUUACAAACGGCCGUUUGUAAACGAGGAAAAACGCGCUCUGCCAUCGGGAUUGUGUUUUUAUUGCGAUUUGGGCAAUUUUUCGCGUAGACAUCGAAUUUUUGAAGAUUUCGUGGAAUCCCGCCGUGUUUGUUGCGCCUGCUUGUGCCACCGGUGCCCGUUUGUAAUUCCAAAGUGCGCAGCAGCAUACAGAAUAGCUUUCUGCGGAAGAAUGAUCAUCGCUUGAAGCUUUACUCUUGCACUUUUCUCGAUUUGCAGAGUCCCGUCGGGGCUACGUCGUACAGGAUGGCCGUUCGUAUUUUACAAACGGCCGUUUGUAAACGAGGAAAAACGCGCUCUGCCAUCGGGAUUGUGUUUUUAUUGUGAUCUGGGCAAUUUUUCGCCUAGACUGCGAAUGUUUUGAGAUUUUCUGGAAUCUCGCCGUGUUUGUUGCGCCGUCUUGUGCCACCGGCACCCGUUUGUAUUUGAGACCCUGACGCUCUGAGACCCAAACCAGCGAAACACGACGGCAGCGUGGUUUUCUUGUGUUUAGAAUGACGAAAAAUAAAUACUCAUAGCAUCGUGAUUUCGAUUUCUCUUGUUUUUUGGGGGAUCCGCCUCUCCACGGGGAUCCGCCCGCUCCCCGGGGAUCCGCCUGUUACUCGGGGAUCCGCCCGCUCCCCGGGGAUCCGCCUUCGCCCAGGGGAUCCGCCCGUUCCCCGGGGAUCCGCCUUCGUUCGCCCAGGGGAUCCGCCCCUUCCCCGGGGAACCGCCUUCGCUCAGGGGAUCCGCCCGCCGGGGAUCCGCCUUCGCGCAGGGGAUCCGCCCGCUCCCGGGGAUCCGCCUUCGCUCAGGGGAUCCGCCCGCUCCCGGGGGUCCGCCCGCACCCCGGGGAUCCGCCUUCGCCCAGGGGGUCCCGUCCGCCCGUUCCCCGGGGAUCCGCCUUCGCCCAGGGGAUCCGCCUGCUACUCGGGGAUCCGCCCGCUCCCCGGGGAUCCGCCCGCUCACCGGGGAUCCGCCUUCGCCCAGGGGAUCCGCUUGUUCCUCGGGCAUCCGCCCGUUCCCGGGGGAUGCGCCCGUUCCCCGGGGGCUCCGCCCGCACCCCGGGGGAUCCGCCUUCGCCCGGGGGGCCCACCGGUUCUCCGGGGGAUCCGCCCGCUCCCCGGGGAUCCGCCUGUUCUGCGGGGGAUCCGCCCGCGCCCCGGGGGGUCCGCCGGUUCUUCGGGGGAUCCGCCCUCGCCCCGGAGGGCCGGCCCGCCUCCCGCGGAUCCGCGCGCCCUCGGGGGGUCCAGCCUACGAACUUUCUUUGGGGGGAUCCUCCUCAGCUCGGGGGAUCCGCCCUCGCCCCGGUGCGUUCGCCCCAGCCUCCGGGGAUCUCCCCUUGCCAGGAGGGAUCCGAUAUUCGUGCUUGCCCCUCGGACUGCGCCGGCGUCGCGGGGUUUCACUCCCUCCCCGACGGACACCCGGCCAGCCCGGGGCGGGUGCGCCCUUGCGCCAGAGGCUCCCGCCUUAGGGGUCCUUGCCCUUGCCGCGUUGGCGGUGGGCACGGGCACCGGCACCGGCAAACCGGCGCACAUUUCUUGUUUCGGCUUGGUUCUUCCAAGUUGUCAGCGUGUUGCUGGUUGUCAAAGCGGCGCGUUGACAACCAGCAGCAGGAUCGAGAUGCGACAACCACACAGAAACAGGAGGCGUCCGCACAACCACCCGAGGCCUUGAGAAUCGAGAGAAUGCGCGCCGGUUUGCCGCGAUGCCCUGCACUCGAGUGCGUUCCAAAAUCUUCCAAAAUGUGCGCCGGUUUGCCGCGGUGCCCGAAAUCGACGCUGUGCCGGCGGGGAAAGACCGCGAAGGACGGCGCGAAUCCGGCCGGAGGAUUCCGGAGAGGAUUUUGGAAUCCUCUCAGGAAUCCUCUUCCGAAAUCGAGGCAAUACCGCCGGGGGAAGGGCGCGGAAGACGGCUCAACUUGGGCCAGAGGGUUCCCGAGAGGAUUUCGGAAUCCUCUGCGGAAUCCUCUGUGGAAUCCGCGCCCGGAAUCGAGGCAGUGCCGUCGGGGAAAGGGCGCGAGGGACGGGCCAACUUGGGCCAGAGGAUUCCUGAGGGUGGGGAUUUUGGAAUCCUCUGCAGAAUCCUCUGCGGAAUCCUCUCGCGAAAUCGAGGUAGUGCCGCCGGGGUAAGGGCGCGGAAGACGGCUCAACUUGGGCCACGGGAUUCCUGAGAGGAUUUUGGAAUCCUCGGCGGAAUCCUCUGCGGAAUCCUCUGUGGAAUCCUCCCCCGAAAUCGAGGCACUGCCGCCGGGGAAAGGGCGCGGAAGACGGCGCAACUUGGGCCAGAGGAUUCCUGAGAGGAUUUUGGAAUCCUCUGAGGAAUCCUCUGUGGAAUCCUCCCGCGAAAUCGAGGCACUGCCGUCGGCGAAAGGGCGCGAGAGACGGCGCAACUUGGGCCAGAGGAUUCCUGAGAGGAUUUUGGAAUCCUCUCAGGAAUCCUCUGCGGAAUCCUCCCCCGAAAUCGAGGCACUGCCGUCGGGGAAAGGGCGCGGGGGACGGCUCAACUUGGGCCAGAGGAUUCCUGAGAGGAUUUUGGAAUCCUCUGCGGAAUCCUCUGCGGGAUCCUCUGCGAAAAUGUGCGCCGGUUUGCCGGGGCCGCCAGGUUGCUCGCAAUCCGCAGCCGACUGUGGCGAUCUGGGCGCACGAGACUGCAACGCAGACGCGGCGCGGUUGUGCAAACAAACAGCAGCGGAGUCCUUGCGCGCGCCGCGUUUUCGGUUGCAUUGCAACACACUUUAGCACGAGCUAAGCCGAAGGUUUCCCGGGAAACCUUAAACGACCUUGCCCGAGCGGAAUCCAUUGAUUUCUGGGUCUCACAGCGUCACUUUCUCUUGUAUUUUUACAAUCGCCCCCCCAAAGUGCGCAGCAGCAUGCAGGAUAGCUUUCUUUGGAAGAAUGGCCAUCGCUUGAAGCUUUACUCUUGCACUUUCAUCAUGGAUUUGCAGACUCCCGUCGGGGCUACGUCGUGCAGGAUGGCCGUUUGUAUUUUACAAACGGCCGUUUGUUAACGAGGAAAAACGCGCCCUGCCAUCGGGAUUGUGUUUUUCUUGUGAUUUGGGCAAUUUUUCGCGUAGACUGCAAACGUUCUGGGAUUUCCUGGAAUCCCGCCGUGUUUGUUGCGCCUUCUUGUGCCACCGGUGCCCGUUUGUAAUUUUACAAACGCCCCCCCAAAGUGCGCAGCAGCACGCAGGAUAGCUUUCUUCGGAAGAAUGGCCAUCGCUUGAAGCUUUACUCUUGAACUUUUAUCGAUUUACAGAUUCCCAUCGGGGCUACGUCGUACAGGAUGGUCGUUUGUAUUUUACAAACGGCCGUCUGUAAACGAGGAAAAACGCGCUCUGCCAUCGGGAUUGUGUUUUUAUCGCGAUUUGGGCAACUUCUCGCGUAGACUGCCAAUGUUUUGGGAUUUUCUGGAGUCCCUUCGUGUUUGUUGCGCCUUCUUGUGCCACCGGCACCCGUUUGUAAUUUUACAAACGCCCCCCCAAAGUGCGCAGCACCAUGCAGAAUAGCUUUCUUCGGAAGAAUGGUCAUCGCUUGCAGCUUUACUCUUUCACUUUUCUCGAUUUGCAGACUGCCGUCGGGGCUACGUUGUACAGGAUGGCCGUUCGUAUUUUACAAACGGCCGUUUGUAAACGAGGAAAAACGCGCUCUGCCAUCGGGAUUGUGUUUUUAUUGUGAUUUGGGCAAUUUUUCGCGUAGACUGCCAAUGUUUUGGGAUUUUCUGGAGUCCCGCCGUGUUUGUUGCACCUUCUUGUGCCACUGGUGCCCGUUUGUAAUUUUACAAACGCCCCCCCAAAGUGCGCAGCAGCAUGCAGAAUAGCUUUCUGCGGAAGAAUGAUCAUCGCUUGAAGCUUUACUCUUGCACUUUCAUCGAUUUGCAGACUCUCGUCGGGGCUACGUCGUACAGGAUGGCCGUUUGUAUUAAUUGUUGGUCGUUACUUUCAGUUUCAUGCAACACAAAUGUCUUUCACUUUCUCUUUUCGUUUGCUUCUAAGUACUCAACUUCGACGGAAUAAAUCACACAACAAGAACUCAAGAACUACAGGUGCUCCCUCCUACUACCCCUACGCCUUGCAGAUCAUUGUUUCCUCUGCUUUGGUAUGCAUUGCAAAAAUGUCUGGGUCUGGAAGAUUUCGACACUUGUCAUGCACGCUUUGCAUGAGCCAUGAUGUCUGUGAUGCAUGCCCUAGCAUCACAGACGUUUUGCGGGAAUCUUGAUGCCUGUUCCGCACGACAAAUGCCCUCUCCGCGUAGCAAAAAUCGCAUUCCCUUUCGUGCUCAUGCAAUACAGAUAUUUUUGGAAUCCACAUGCAGCAUCACAAGUUGCAUUCUUCCAGACCCAGACAUUUUUACAUUUGAUAUUUGGUUUUCGCCGAUUCUUCCGCGCAAAGAAACACCGAAAGAAACAUAUCCUGAGUAAAAACGUCCCCACACCAGAGUUGUAAUGCAGAUUUGCAAAGACAGGAAGACUUGUAAUGCGCAUCCCCAUGAGAGCCAUUUCCAAUUGUGUUUUGGAAUUUGUGAUGCUGUGAACACGAUGAGCAGACGAAUCUGUGACGCCGCUGCACUUGCUAACCUGCACUACACUGCAGAGCGCAACUUGUCAUGCGUGACUCACAAAACUCCUAGGUUUGUGUUGCAAAAUCCCCAUCCUGACUCUGGUGUGGGUACGUUUUUACUCAGGAUAAAACAUCAACCGGGAUGGAAGAAGUAGGAAAAAAAACUCAUCUGUAUCCGACACAACUUGCGAGGAGGAGCGUCGGAUCCAGAUUGCGGAUGUUGCGAUUCAAUUCGUCCCGACCAAAUCAACGUCAAAUUUUCAGGAAAACGCCAUCGCAGACUCGCUGGUUCUCGACCGAGCACCGGUUCUGAAGGAAGAUUUGAUCUUGCGAACCGACAAAGCGGAGCCGCUGUCGCUGGUCGUGCGGAAGAAUCUAGAUGGGGAGAAUAUGAAGAUGGAAAUGGAGGUUUGUUCUUUGGUUUUCAUAUUUAUUUGCCAUUGUCAUGCAUAAUCAUAAACGGAAUCGGAAUGUUAUGUGCAACAAGUAAAAUCUUUGCCUGAAACUUCCUCAAUGGUGUCGUCAACGCAAUAUCUACAAGGUCGAUCUCCACAUCGCGGGUCUCCACGCGAUUCUGUCCCUGUGGAACGUGCGCAGAUCUUCCGAGUUCCUCACGUUCGGCUCCCAGCAGUCCGCGUUACGGGAGCAAUUACGACUCCAGCAGCAGCUGCACAAAAACAAGCACUACCUGCAAACGAAAGAAGCGCAGCAGGACGCGGAGCUUUUUCACUCAUUCAUCGAGCCGAAACCCAGCCGGAAUUUUUGGUACGAGCUGUACGCGCUGUUUGAGACAGAAUCGAUCUUGGAGGACAACUGCAGCGAGGAAGAUGGCGUGAGCAACAGCAUGAACAACAACGCAAACAACCUGAUAUCCGAGCAAGACGUGCACGCGGCAACGAAAGUUUUGGCGAAGGGGAAGAAAAGAAGAAAAUCCGGUUAUCGAAGGGAAAAAUCCCCCCUCCCCAUAUCAAAACGGAAUUUCUGAUGCUGGAUUUGUGUACACAAAUCAGGUUUGUAUUGCAGAGAGGCACUUUGGCCAGAUUCCUAGGCUAGGUAGGGGCCUAUGGGUCCAGUUGUUCAGGAGCAUGGCAAGCGGCUCACUUUUAGGGCCAACAGCAUGACAAAUCGCUGCCCUAAUGGGGCGUAAGCUUCUGCCCUUGUCUUCUUGCAAGACAAGUGUGAUUUGUGGCCUCAAAUCAGCAACACAAAUCUCCGGAAACAUACCUUCUCGAUAUGGGGUGGGGGGAUUUUUCGUUUUGAUACCGGUAGUUCGAAAGGAACAGGUGGCAAUGUUGAUCAGAUGAAGAGUAAUAAUUAUGCCGGAAAUACUAGCAACAAGCAGAACAACCAACCAACUUCCUUCACCCGUUGCUUGAAAAUCAACCUACAAGUGGAUCGACAGAGCUACUUCUUCGUUUUGGCAGAGCGGGUGCAGUUCGUCAACCCGUGGAACCACUUGGAAUUCGGCUCCGGGAAGGUGUUGAACGGGCCGCCGCCGAUUAACAGCGUCUUACCCUACACGAACUACGAGGUGAACAUUGGGAGAAUGGGAGUCUGUAUCGCAGACCGGCAAGACGAAGGUGUUGACGCAGCUGCUGCAAAAAUAAAUGGACCGUCGUCUAGUAGAUCUGGCGCCUUUUCCCCGACAUCUUCAAAUCAGCACAACUACGGCCAACACCAUCAAACUGGCUCUAAUUCUGAACAAGUUCAUUCGGCGAAUCAAACCUCGAUAACGGCGGAGCUUUCUUCAAUUGACGCGUUUUUCAACUUUCGGGUCGCCCGGGAGCCGGACGAAGUUUUUCUCGAACAGCAUGCGAACACGGACCAGAACAUCCGGUACCGAUUCCCCUUGGAAAAGGAAUUCAAAAACCCGGCCGGUAAUCUGUCGGAAACCGUGCAAGCGGAUCUGCAAAAAUUCAGAACCAUCGUCAACCGGGAAGAGGAGGAGGAAAACGCGAUGUUUCAUUCUGUUUUAAACGAAAGCACGAAAGCGAGUGUCCUGGCGGGUACAACAACAAAACCGGUGUUUGCGUCUCCAGUUGAGUUGCAACAAUCUUUUCCACCGCCCUUGGAGCAGAGUGAUUCUUACGGGGCGGACAUGUUUCAGUCGGUGAUAAGUGAAGGGACUGGUGUUGGUGCUGCUAGUUCAACAGCGUCGAACAGCAGCCCGGCUACAACUGCGACUUCAAAUGCUGCUGGACCACGUGUGAAUUUGCAGGAUGCGGACGAGUAUGCAUUGCAAAAGUAUCGCAUUCGUAUAAAUGCAAGUCUUGCAUUACAAAUUUUUUUCUUAAAGUAAAUCAGCAUGACAAAUUUUAUUACUUAUGCUGAGAAAAUUUGUAAUGCAUUUAUACGAGUACGAUUCUUUUGCAGUUCAUAACGAGGCGGCCAUGUUCCAAAGCAUGAUGGAAGACAGGGAUAACGGGUUAGAGUCAUGCUCGUCGAGCAGCGGAGAGCUCGUCGGUAUGGAAUGGGAGAAAUCUUAGGUGCUCUUGUUAAGCGGUCCUCUUACGUACUUAGUGGUUGUACUCGGAUGUCGCAGAACAUGAACAAGAAACGUUCCUCUCUUUCUCUUCCACAGCCUGUUUUAAAUUUCUGGAGUGUCUAGACUACGAGUUCUAGAAACUCAUCUCCAGAAAUUUCGUACCCUCGUGGAGAAAAAAAACUACUGUCUUGCUUUUGUGAAAAGAAAACAACGUCUUUUUCUGUUCCACGAGCUGUUUCGAAUUUCUGGAGUGGCUGGACCAUGAGCUCCAGAAAUUCUCCAGAAAUUCCGUACCAUCGUGGAAGAAGAAACUUGGUUUCUUGCUUUUGUGAAAAGAAAACAACGUUUUUUUCUGUUCCGCGAGCUGUUUCGAAUUUCUGGAGUGGCUGGACCGUGAGCUCCAGAAAUUCUCCAGAAAUUCCGUACCCUCGUGGAGAAAAAAAACUUGCUUUCUUGCUUUUGUGAAAACAAAACAACGUCUUUUUCUGUUCCACGACCUGUUUCGAAUUUCUGGAGUGUCUGGGCCAUGAGCUCCAGAAAUUCUCCAGAAUUCCGUACCCUCGUGGAGAAAAAAAACUUGCUUUCUUGCUUUUGUGAAAACAAAACAACGUCUUUUUCUGUUCCACGACCUGUUUCGAAUUUCUGGAGUGUCUGGGCCAUGAGCUCCAGAAAUUCUCCACAAAGUGGGAUGCACUCGGCUGUGAAAAGAAACUGGGUCCACGAGUCAAAAUAAGAGCACCGCUAUUCUCGGCACUUCCAUACCGGAGUUCCCGACCAGCAGCCCAAGCAGCACCAACCUAAACCUGCCAACGACCACGGUGUUCGGCGAGAUUAAAAUCGAAGACGAUGCGAACUUCGGCUCUGUAACAAAAAGUGGAACGACAUCGACAUCAGCAGCUGGUGGCGCACCAAUAAUUUCUGGAGACCACGACAGUGAGGACAACAUACCACUGCCGUUUCUUGGAUUCGACAGGCCACCAGCAGGAUCCGCUCAAGCAGGAGCUUCGUCGUCCUCUAGCUCGUCGGCAACGAGUACUACGCAUCAGAGACGAGACGAACAACAUGAUCAAAUGAAUCUCAAACCCGCAGAGACAGCCCAGGCGACAUUAGCGUCCGCACCUCAAAAUAUCGCCGAGCAACUUACCGAGCGGCUAUCUUCGGUUGCCGGAGGUCAAAAUGAUGCCGAAGGAGCUUCCCCCUCCUCUGCACCAGCAGCAGCCACUACAAAUAAAGACGUCGAUCAUGUAGUAAAUGAUCAUGAUCCCCAAACCACCUACGACACUUCCCGCCCGGUUCCGCUCUCCCCCGACGUGCAAUCGGUCGACACGGAGACGAUAGAGUCGGAGUCGCUUGGUACGAAAAAAUCAAAGGAGGAAUCCAUUUUAGAGGAAACAACCGACGAGGAAUUAGAUGAGAAUGAUUUCAAUCUGGAAACGUCCGUGGUGGAUUUGGAAAUCGAGUUUUUCGCUGAUCAAUCCGUGGAAACACUAGCGGAGAAAAUGCGUGCGUUGGUGCGGGAUCAGGUCGUUAUGCAAGGGGCUGCGACUGCGACUACAAUGAACUCUUUUGGCGUGGUGCAGACAGGAUUGGAGCCAAGAACGCAAAUUUUGAGCGGCGAACACCCAGCCUCCACCUCCGCGCAAGCAACGGAUGGGAGUGAAAGUAGAGCAAGCAACAGAGUAGACGGGCGUGAGGUGGGUAAGGAUAAGGAAAUAUCCGACGCUGACCCUUCUGCAGGUGAGGAAAACUACACGAAAGAAAAAAACCCUGCACCGGCCGCCGCACCUGGCUUUUUCGGCCGGAUGUUUGGCGGCAGUCCGAGAUUGGUGACAGAAGAACAACAAGGUGUGUCGCCGACAACCCCGCCCAACGAACUUUCCAAUUCCAAAUCUUCCCUCAACCCUGAACCAGAACAGCUCGAAGACAUGCGGAUCGUGAUGCCGGAGUCUUCCAAACCGCGCCGGGGAGAUUGGGUCGGGAAUCUGCAGCGGCUGACGUUUUGCGACGGAACGAAGGACGGGAGAAAACGGAUUUUGGAAUGUGGGAGAGACCCGGUCAGGGACAGGGAUAUCGGGAAAAAGGGUGAAAGUAACUUGAUCCCAGGAUUGAAUGCGACGAAUAGUUCAUCCAGUACAGGUUCUUAUCAAAUGUAAAAAUGUCUGGGUCUGGAAGAAUGCCAGGUUUGUCAUGCAUAUUUUGCAUGACUCCUGAUGUCUGUGAUGCAUGCCCUAGCAUCACAGAUUUUGUGAGGGCUUCCUGAUGCCUAUACCGCAUGACAAAUGCUCUUUCCAUGUAGCAAAACUUGGACUCUCUUUGCUGCUCAUGUAAUACAGAUUUUUUUAGAAUCCAAAAUCAGCAUGACAAGUUGCAACCUUCCAGACCCCGACAUUUUUACACUUGAUAGUUCGUUGUCCGAUACAAUCAAAACCGACACGGAAAUCGAGCUCAAUACCACCGAGAGCAAUCAUAUCGCACGAAAAAAGUGUUUCACUGUGAUGAUUUUGCAAGAUUUGCAUCACAAGUUUGUCACACAUGACAAAGAAAACUUGGCAUGCGUGCUUUCUAAGGGAAAACACAGCUAAAAAUCCAAUGUCUUGCAUGUGUAGAAAGACAAACGCAUUUGCGUUCCGUGCUAUGCAUCACAAGUUUACAGUGAAACAGUUUUUUCUAGCGAUAAAUCAGGACAGUGACAGCGGGACGAAUUAUUUGAAGAAAACCAAAUCGCUCUCCUCCUCCACUUCUUCCUCCAACGAGGAAGUUCCGUCGUUAUCUUCAUCUGUCAGUAGCACCCCGUCCGCUGUGAAGUCGAUGAACGCGCGGUUUUUCGGGUAUAAUUCCGGUGGAAAUAGUUCCGGCAGUGCUGACCAUUCAUACCCUUCCGCCUUCUCCAUCAAUAUUCAUAAAAAGGAGGCGAAGCUGCAGGUCGCGCCGUAUCCAGUGGUGCUGGAUUUGUGCCCCAGGAGCAUCGAGUGUCUGUCCGUGAUACUGUCCCGGUGCAACACGAAGUCCGGAAGUGGUAGUGUGGCGGCUGAACAGGCGGCGGGCAGUUCCGGAGCAUCAGCUGCAGCAGGAGCUUCCGGAAGUGGUGGUCCAAGAGUCGGCACCGGGCCAGCAAGUUCCAGUUCGUCGCGCGGUGUACAACAACCAGGCGCAAACUACACUACAUCAAGUAAUUAUCCAGCACCUAACGCGAAGAUCCCGCGGCCCGGAUUUCUCCCGGAAACCACCUACUCGCGGCGGCUGAACCGGAGUUUCACGGGGAUAGAACAGGCCGACAACAAAGAGAACUACGCAAUUUUCACGGAGCUGCAGAAGUUUGAGCUGAGGUUAAGGCUGGGGAAGCCUCGCGGCCGAUUGUGCACGCUCGGGUUGGAGUUGCCGGACAUUGUCGUGAGUGCAGGGGUAUGAACUGCAAAAGCAUGGUACUAGUAGUAGCUGCAUUACAAACUUCCUCAGCAUGGGAAAUGGAAUUUCUAAUGCGGAUUUACGUCAAGAAAAAGAUUUGUAAUGCAUGAAUGCAAUUACUACGAGUGCGAUGCUUUUGCACAGGAUAAAGGGGAACAAAGAGUGGUGGGAGUACUAGCGGUGGUUCUAGAAGUAGCUCUUCUUCAGCUUCACCACAGCGAAGUGGUGGAUCGGCGAAUAAAACUCCUCCGGGCGGGAUAGAUUAUUUCACGGAAUCCUGGAAACUGUCGUCGGGGAAAAUUUCCUGCUUUUACUACGAGGAAGACGUUUCAAGUGCAACUAGUAGCAAAGAGGAACAAGACACAACGACGCAAGGCGGUGGUGCGCAGCAAGUAGUAGCGGCCCCAGGAACUGGUGCAACGGUUCUCGUUACUACUCAAGAAGUCGAUCGCGAAUUCGGCAUCCCGAUCUCGCAAAAGGGGGCCAGGAUCGUGUCCCAGGAGGGGACGCAGGACGCCAUCGUCGUGAGAGGAUUUACAAGGGAUUUGCGCGUUUUGAAAUUCUCGGAGGGAGGAGCUACUAACGUAGUAGAUGAAGAAGAACAACCGCCGCCCGCAGAUCACGACAAAGCUACCGAUGUCAACGCUGAUUCCGGCUGGACGAAAAUCUCUCUCCCGUCCGGUCUAGCCGCCAGAUUCGCGGGCCAAGGCGUGAACAGACCCGGCUCUCUCUUCGAGCACGUGCAGGAACUGGGGCAAAAGUUUUUCUUCCCCAAACACCAACAAAAUAACCGAAACCGCUAUAAUAAAUCUGGAAUGAACAACCGCCAGUCGAUCUUCGAGCAGCAGAAAAAGCAGCGGGAACGGAGGCAGAGGCAAGCGCAGAUGGGUGCUUUCGCGGGAGGAAAUAAUAACUCCUCAUCUUCUAGGGGGGAAAUCAAAGAGGAAAUCCAGAAUAUUAAUCCAUUACUAGAGCCAUCCGGAACGGAAAUUGACGUGGUCGCGAACCCGUUAGUGCUCCACUUUGACAGCAAGACCUUGUUGUCUUUGGUCGAGUCGUUUGAUCACUUCGCGACGAGCUUCGGGAACUCCGCAUAUCUGAACCAACUGAUGCGGAAAAGAUACGACCCAGUUAAGAGAAUCACGAGCUUAAUUGAAGAGUCGCAUUUUUCAACCUUAGGUGUCUCCGUUUACGUGAAAAGCGUGUGGUUGGAAGUUCUGCCGCCGGUGGAAGCUGCUGCAACUACUGCAGCACCAUCUUCGUCAACAGAACAGCAGCAAGGAGCAGCAACACAAACCGCAAUUAAUACAACACCCUCCUCCGAUAGUAACCAUCAUUUGAAGAACAUCUGGAUCGGUGUGGGCGCAGUGGAAGCACGGUACGUGGCGAUCGCCACCGGGGCUUUCCGUGUUGGGUUAUUGGGCCGAGACCUCCGGGCGAUAGGGGAGAGACCAGUGGAGAAUAAUUCGAAGCAAUCGGUGGAGUACUUAGCGGAGCCGUGGUGGGUGCCCUUACGGGCGGAACUGCUACCAAGACGGUUCACGUAUCAGAAACCGGAUGAAGAAUUGUACUGCUGUGUGGCGAACGAAGACUACGUGAUGAAGGGAAAUGUGGUGGACUUUGACCUUUUGCUCGAGGAGGACGAAAUCUUGCAAGUGGAUAAAGGCGGUAGAAGUUGUACAACAAGUGUGAACAGCAUGACAACUUUUUCCACCAACGCCUUGGCCCCCUGCGAGUUUCGGUUUGCGGAGCAAAAUUCUUCUGCGCCGGGAGGUAUGAUGAACCCAGGAGGUCCUCUUCACCAACAGCAGCAGCAGCAAUUCUCUGGUGGCUACGUCGAGCCGCAGUUUGAAAGGAGAACCUUCGCAGAGGACCGAGAUCACAUUCAUCGCGGUAGAACUUCUAGGGGAACAGCCGCCACCAACAUGGGCGGAGGCUCGUCUAGCUCUUCGUCUCAGCAGAGAUACCAAAAAAAUCACCAGCAAAACAACUAUCAACAAACCUCGACAACAAACCCGGCGAACCAGCGCCGUCCGACCGCGUUUAAGGAGCCCGCGGUGGAGGGACAGAGGUCCUUGUUCUCCUCCUCGGCGUCUUCAAGUAUCUACUUGAUUGAGGAGCACGUGAGGGAGAAAUUUCGGCAAAAUCUCAUGUCGGCGAACUACAAACAGGUGUCCCCGCAAGAGUUACUGGAGAAAAAGCACGAGCAAGAACAGCAAUUAGUGAAGCAGAAGUACAAGAUCCCCGUGAAUUUCUUCCGGAAAAAAAACGCGAUCUUUGAACAAGUGGACAAAAACACCUGGGCAGAUUCUGGCUGUUUGCUGUUGGUGUUGGACCAGAAAAAGAUCGGGCACAGCGACAGUGGCGGUGGUGGGGCCGCAUCUAGUACAGCGAGCGCUGCUGCACCCGGAACAACUUCAGACGGCACAAGUAGAGCGCAAGCAGCACCUUCAACUCCGGUCUCACCCCCAGCAUCAAACUCCUCCACCUGGUCAACCCUCUACCUCUUCGAACUAACGCUGGUUUUAUCUAGACUGUCUCUUCACUUCCACCCCCACAUGUACUGGUCUUACGCAGACUUGUAUUACAAUGAAAAAUGCCCCCUCCCCAUGUCAAAACGGAAAUCUGUGAUUCAGAUUUGUGGUCACAAAUCAGCUUUGUGAUGCUAGAAGGGAAGAGAUGCGGACUGUAGUGCUGGCUGGCGCAGGGACGCCUUGCGUCUUCAGCAUGACAGGAAGCAACUGGAAACGGGAAAUAGCAUGACAAAUUGCCUCCAAACGAGGGAGCGACUGCGCCUCUUGGCCUUCUCGCAAUACACAACGAUUUGUGUACUCAAAUACAGCAACACAAAUUUUGUUUUUGAUAUGGGGAGGGGGGAUUUUUCCUUUUGAUAACUUGCUGGAAUUCUUCGCCCCACCGGGUUAUUCCCCACCGCCUAUGACGGAGGAGUGUUUGGACCGGGAUCGGAAAAGUUUCACAAAGUACUUCAUCGAUUUGAAGGAUUGCCUGGUGCAGUUACCCUCCGAGGGCUACUCAGAGAAAUGCCUGGCGGAUAUCACUUUGGCACGGAGGGGGAAAGCGAAAACAAGUAACCACAGCAGCAAGCAGUCACAGAUAACAUCCUCAUCUUCGAGUGGCAGUGGUGGAGAGCAGCAGCCAAAUGGGAUUGGAACUGGUCGUGUGGAUCCGUUACGGCUGAACAACCUCCCAGCGGCGGCUGUCGGCGCGGCCACAACUGGUCAACAUCUGCGCGACAUCGACUUCAUGUCACCGCGUGGUGACGGUCCGAGCGGAAAUGAUCAAUUCAGUUAUGGGGAAAAUAACUUGAUGCUUGCUUCCCCUCGCUCCCAACCGUCGGUCACACGGCAAAGCACCACAAACCAAGCAAAUAACCUACAAAAUAACACGAAAGUGGAGUGUAACACGGUGAUUACGCUUUCCAAAUUCGAACUUGCAACGGGCGUCGCGGGUACGCAGUACCAGGGGUUUCGCAUAGAACUCGGUGAAUUCCACGCAUACGUCAUCGACAAACCGGAGCACUUGCUGCAAACCCACCUCCGCAUCCCGCCCAGCCGGGCGAGUUUGACUUCGAUCUUGAGCAGCUUAGGGUUUGCGCACGUAUUGGAGGCGAAGGACGCGGCGAUUUUGUGGAAAGUGAAGCGGGACUUGUCCAAUUUGCAACUUGCAAGCCAAGCAGCGGCGCAAGCGGGAUUGAUAUCGAAGCAUAGUCAACUACAACCAAAUAACGCCGGGGAGGUGGAAGAUGAGCACUCUUUAGAUGUCCGGUGUAAGAGAAUCGCUUUGCACGCCUGCUCGGACACGCUACAGUGCUUGCUCAAUGUGUUGGUGGAAGCGCAGACCGCGACGGUUCCAAUAGCGGAGGAUAUCGUGCAGCAGAGGAAGGAGCAGAUCAUUCUGAACAGUCCCAGGACCAGUGACGUUGUCUCACCACGAGGUUCUUUACCUGCAGGAAUGGAUGCUCGUGGUGUUCUACCGGUAGCAAACGUAGAGUUGAUGCCACCUCCUGCUAUCCCGCAGUUGCUGCACCAACCGAUAACGAUUACCCCGAUGGAAACGAACCAGCCGGUGGCGAUGCAGGGAGUCGGAGGGUUGUUGCAUAGCGACAUUGGGAGGGAUGAUUUGAUGUCCGAACAAUUGAAACAUGUUCCAACUUUAUCAAGUCCAGACUUCACAAACAACGCGAAUGACCUACUACAACUACCCGAUCCGACUUUGUCCGCAGGAGGUGCAGCUGGAGCAUCGAAAAUGAACAAUCAAGAGGACAUAUCAAAUGCAAUAAUAGGUCCGGGUCUGGAAAGUUGGAACUUGUGAUGCUGGCCUUACAUUUCUGUGAAAUCUGUAUUGCACGGCCAGUAAAAGUCGCAGCCUCUCUUGUCCUACAAAAACGCAGUUUGUCAUGCGGAGUGCGUACAAGAAAGCGUUCCGCAAACUUGUCAUCCUUUCCUGCAUAAGACAGUGCUUUUAUCAUGCACAUUUUAGCAUGACAAACGUCCAGACCCACACCCAGACAUGUACUCUGCACUUGAUAGGACAGCAAGGUGGAAUUCGAAAUGUUUGAAGACCAGGAACCGGAAGUGCCGAGUUAUCAAGGGACGAGAAGGCCCUCGAUUCUGUCCAUUCCGGAAUCCAGUGGCAGCGGUGGCCCGGGUGGAUCUGGUACUAGCAACACAGAUAUGACAGUACACAUCUCCCCCGCCCCCUCAUUUGUAUAGCAUGAACGGCAAUAGAAGGAAUGACAAAUUUAUUGCACUGGAGCUUUUAUAUUAAAGAAAUGGGACGCCCUGCCCUUAGUCUUCCAACAUGACAAAUUUGCACUGGAGUGUAGUGCUAUUUGGGCUGCCGCAAGUUGUCAUGCAUAAUAGUGACAGGAGGCAAAGGGUGGACUUGGUGUUUUGCAUGAGAAAUGAGAACGAGGGGGAGUUGUGCACUGUCAUGACAGAGCAGCUCUUGUCCGACAGCCCUCGGUUGUUCCUCGAAAAAGAAGAGCAGCUGGCGAGUCCGAAAUUAAUCGCGGACGAUCAAAGGGCGGUGCGGAACAUGACGGGUGGGUUGGGACAGCAACUGGACGAAGAUGAUAACGACUUUUCCAUACCCCUUCCCUUUGCGCCCGGCAUGCUGGAUGACGACGACGACGACGACGAGGACUCCUCUCAUUUCGGUUCACCACCGUUAUUAAGACCGACAAUUUCUUCGAAGCCAGCGUCGAUUGUGAAGAUCUCUUCCAAAGACUCGAAAGAUCACAACCGAGGUGGACAGCAUCCGAGGAGCAGAGCGAUGUCUCUGGAUAGUGAGGUUGGCUACUUUUCUCCGGUGGAGCAGGGGAGUAACGACGAUGAAAUGGAGGACGUUGAGCACUACCGGCGGAGAUUUCAGCAAGAACUACAGCAAGGUGGUGUUGCACCAGGUGCAAGAGGAAGCAUGACAGCGGGGGGAACAAGCACGUCCUCAUCCUUCGAUCCAAAUGGCGUAGAAGUACAACAACAUCAGCAGUCAGACGAACAAGGCGAGCCUGUCACCGUCUGCUACUUCAACCGAGACGCUUACAGUAACGCGGAACUCCGAAAUUUUCGGGAUGAGGAGCGGGUGGCGAGAAGGGAAAUUGCGAACAUGUACAGUAGUUCUGUUGCUGUUGGAGGAGUUGGGGAUCCUGUCUCGUCAGCAGCGGUGCCAGGACAUCGACCUGGGUCGACAACAUCUGGCCAACAUGCCGCCGGAGCGAUUGCGUCAGAUCCGCGUCGUCGCGAAGUGGUUAGGGGUCCAGGACAGCAACAACGUGGGUCAACAACAACAUCAUCGUCGUCCUCCUCAACUGCGCAUCAACGUCAAAAUACCAAUACAACCUCCGGCGGCUUCCGUAACGUCGUCGCGCACCAGCACGGUUCCGCCACGAGAUGGUUCGUCCCACCCGAUAGGGUAUCAAUCAAGCACGACCAAUUUCUCUACGCGGAUAGGGAGGAUUCACCGAAAGAUCUAGCGGGGGAAAAGGAAUUGGAGUUGGAUGGGAGUCGUGUGGCGAAAAACUUUUCUUUCAAGUGUGAGGAAUUAUCUCUCGCGAUCUACGGCGGCACGGACUUCGCGGUGGAUAGGUAUCAGCAGAAAUUGCAAGCGCUAGUGUCCACAUCCUCCUCUCCUGGUGGACCCGGCAGCGGUGGCAACAACUAUCCUGCGCGACUACACAAUAGGAGGCGGAAAGAUCUCUCGUUAAUCCUCCAACUGAGGAAAAUGGGAUUGAAAUUGUUAGUGCCUGUGAAGCCGAAAAUCCAGCAACCGACCAACGGCUUCGGGUUUACUGUCCAGCCGACGUUUUCAAAAACUUCAACCUCUGACCGCGCAGUGCACUUACCGCCCGCAACCAGUGACCUAUCCAGCAACACGUUCAUAAGGGUACCUGGAGGAGGUGGCACUUCUAGUUCGGGGAGUCAUGCUUUGUUUCAAGCGCUGCCCUGCGACAUUCUCGAUAAGAGAAUCGUGUUGCACAUCCGCGACAUCACGAUAAAGGACGAAGUGCAGAGCUCCGCCUUUCAGCACGUUUUGGCGUAUUACCAAGACGAGAAAAAGAGGCCCAGACCGAGCGAUUUGGAUAUGUUGGUGGUGAAAUUGGAUUCCUUUACGGACUACGACAGUUUGCGGGAACUACAACAGCAGUCUAUGCAUUGCAAAAGAACUAUCGUACUAGUAGGACUUGCAUUGCAAAUUUGCUCGAGAAGAAAAGGCGAAUUUCUGUUGGUAAUUCAGGUAAGAAACUAGGUGUGUCAUGCAUAGCUGCAAAUUAUACGAGUGCGAUACUUAUUUUGCACAGCAUACAGUCAUCGUCUCAACAGCAAGCAGCUCGGAAAGAGUACACUCUCGACGUGAAGUUACUUCCGAUCAGGCUCACUCUAGACCAGGACGUCGUUGAUUUCGUUUUGCGUUUCGUGCGGCUAACCACAUUGCCAAGCUACAUCGAGGAGGUCGCGGAUGAAGAGGAUGAAAUGGUGUCAGUUCUGUCCAACUCUGCAAUGAACAACAAUCAUGCGCCGGCACACGGCACAACUUUUUCUGCCUCGUCCGCCGCCGGCAACUACUCUGGAACAGCAAACAUGGAGCUUUCUGCUGAUCAUGAUGCAGGUCCUCGUGGAACCAUGACAGGGCACAGUGCUUCUUCUUCUUCCUCCUCCAGCAGUGCCCUUGGUCCGAAGUUCCAGCAUGUCCGCAUCUCCGCAUUGCUCGCGGUCAUGGACUAUCGGGCGAAAAGGCUGGACAUGCAGGCGUUACAGCGGGGCGACUUGACCGAGUUGAUCAACCUACUUCCCUUACUAGAGGGUUUGGAAAUCGCGUUCCGUUCCGUGAAGGUGCAGCAAGUGGUCGGCACGAACAAGCUGUUGCAACUAUCCAGGAAAAAAAGAUUGUAGGUGUAACUUUUUUUGCAGGAACAGCAUUACAAAUCUGUGUGACAUGAGAGCAAAACUUAUCAUGCGCAGAUAGUACUGGAAAACGCGGCUGAAUGGACCCUACAACGCAUUCCACCUAGCAUGACAGACGCAAUCAUCUUGCGCGUUGCGCAUCACAAACUUACACUGCCAAUGUUUUUUUCUUGGAUAACAACUGCUAGUCGACCAGUACGCGAAUGAUUUGAAUCGGUCGCAGAUUUUGCGGUCUUUGUCCGGCAUAACCCCGAUCCGCUCCUUCGCGAAUAUCGGGGUCUCGUUAACCGAAUUUGUCAAAGAGCCGCUGCAGGUCGCUCUACAGGAUCAGUUGAGCAAUGUCGGGAACAGGAUGGGCGCCGGUUCUUUACACUCCUCCGGGCACACGAACCAGCUAUCGAGGUCCUUAGUUCGGGGGACAACGGCGUUUCUGAAAAAUUUAACGAUCGAAUCCUUGGAGCUCACGGAAAAGGCGUUUUUCGCGACGCAGUCGGUUUUGGAAUUUAUCGUGAGAAAAAACUGCUUCACUGUAAACUUGUAAUGCAGAAAAUGCAUCUCACAGGUGUUUGUCUUGCUACAGCACAUGCAUCAAGACAGUGGAUCUUUGCCUGCGAUUUCCCUUAGGAACCUUGCAUGGCAAAUUUUCUCUGUAAUGUAGAGCGACCCUGUGAUGCAAAACCUGCAAAAUCCUUACAUGGAGACAUUUUUUUCUCACGAUAGAAUUCGCCGAAAAGUCAAUCGACCAAAAAGUGAAUCAGCGAAUGCCUGGGACGAGCUCAGGUUCUGCCUACGGGACGAAUCGGUCCAGAAGCAGUCGAAAUCGUGGCACGAUGCAGCCGGCUGCGAUCUACGAGGAGGAGAGGGAUGAGAAUGGUACGAUACUUGCUGUUCCAAAAUUGUGCACCUGCUAUUCCGUAGUUGAUUUUGAAUCUGGUGAGCGGUGCAAUUGCAAUAUUAAGCGUCCACCUUCUGCUCAUGCAAAAUUUUCAAAACAUUGAUAGCUGUGUCGGGACGAAAGAAGAUCAAAGUCACAACACUCGAGCGUCAACAAAAAAUAAACAAAUCAGGUGACGUCGACCCCUUCCGUGCCCUCAUCGAAGACGAAGAUUGGACAACCGUCGAUAAAUAUGCAAGAAAACAACUGUGUAUAUUGAAAGCCUGUGAUGCAAAGCAUGCAACACAAUUACACUUGUCACGCUAGCCUUUCAUGUUGAAGUCCUCUUUCAUAAGCACUAUGUGCUUUCACUGAUACUAACUGUGGAUGACAGGCUUGGUCUGUCAUGCAGAACAGAUUUGUCAUGCUGUCACCCCAUGGGACCUACACUAACACAUUUUUUCCUUUGGAUGAUAAAGGCGCCCGGGAGUCGAUGCAACCGGCGGACGGUUUGGAAGGACUGCAGAUGGGGUUCGAGAAUUUGAAGCGAAACGUGAAAGACGCCGGACGGAUAAUUUCGCAGCCGAUACACUCCAGGCAAAUUCAGUCGGGCGACCAACUGAUAAAGCACUUUGCGAAGGUACAGUUCAUCUGGUUUGCGGUAAAAUUUAUUUCGUCUUCACUAUGUAUCUUCGCAUGAAAGUACAAGUAGUCAUUGAAGAUGUGUUGUGAUAAGCAAGAAAUGCAAACCGCAAACGCACUUGAUACAGGGCGUCCCCGUGUGUAUCCUGAAGCCGGUAAUUGGUGCGACUUCAAUGGCGGCAACGACCUUGCGCGGGGUCAGGAAUUCCAUGGACGGCGAACGAAAAGAAGAGCUGGAGCGGAAGUACAAAGUUCCAGGAUGAGGGUCUUCAUGCUGUAAAUCCUAACGUCGGCGUUUGUCAUAUAUAUAACUUUACUUUUCUUCAACUUGUUCCAAAAUUAAUUGUCAAUGAAAACAAAUAAACUAAGUAAGUACUGUACGGUCGUCGUCUCCAGCUGCGAGGCAGAACCUGCAGCGCAAGCGGAGAGAACACUUUUUUGACCCUCGUGAUUGAGCGAGAGGUCGUAUACGAACGAUUUUUGGCAGCUUCAGCAGAAAGAACGAAAUGAAGUAAGAGAGAAACUCACGGCACAUAUUUUUUCCAAUUGUCAAUCAAUAGAAAAGAUCACUUUUUCCAAUUGUCAACACUAAAGCAGAAUGCUCCAAUGGUAUGAAAUGGUAAAAUCAAAAUGCACUGCAACUGCUGCGCAGUAACCUGUAAUUCAUUGUAAAGGAUGAAAUCGAAAAAGGGAUAAAAUCGAAUCCUUUACGCUUUUGUACCAAAGUGAAAAUAAGAACCUACUUAGUCAAUGUCAAUGUACCAAAGUUGUUAUCUUGACAAGACCGAAAAGGAUUUCGUUGUGGCUCC